CCCAAACCCAAAAAAACCUCUCGAAUAAUUUUUUUUUUUAUAUAUAAAGCCAACCCUUUCGCCCGAUCUCCAACUCUCUCCCUCUCUCUUCUUUUUGAGGGGUCUCUCUCUCUGCCAAUUCCGCCGUCGCGGCCGCAGCUCCCGUACUCCACCAGCGAUUCCCUUCUGCGCCGGCGGUUCUGUGUCCCUCGUAUCGUCACCACGUUUUCCGCCUCCAGCUCUCUCUCCGUGGGUGGGGAGGAAUAAGAAACCCUGAUUUGAUUGUUUCAGCUCCUCGGAGGUAUGUUCUCUGCCGUCCGCUCUUGUUUCCUUUCUGACUGUCUUUUCCUGAUUUUCGGUUUGAUUUGGUAGAGUCUUUAUAUUCUUAGGUUAGUUAGUGAAAGGUAUUUAGCCGGUGAUUGUGGAAUCGAGUUCCGAUUGGGUCGUCGGAAAGUAUUGUGAUUCUUUUAUUUAAUUUUCAAGAUUUAUUUGUUGUUUUUGCUAGAUCUGGUAGCUGUUUCGGCUCUGAGAUUGAUGUGAUCAUUUUAUAUUAUUGUUUUGAUCUUUAUUUAUAUCGUUUGUGUUUUUUUUCUUUCUUUUUUGAGCUGAUUUAUUAUACAUCUUAGUUUAUGGUUUUACGAAGCUUAAUUGCUGUUUUGAUAAGUGUUACUGAUACUAAUCAAGGACAUAUAAACUAAGCUGAAGAAUACUAGUUCCUGGUAGGUUUUUUAUUUUGGUAGUUACUGUACGGGAGUCGAGCUGGUCCUGCUUGGAAAGUGGUAUUUGGGUUUUUUAUGCCGUGCUUGAUCUUUUAGUUAGUCUUGAAUGGCUGUUUGUUUACUUUUGAGCAUGAGAGUAAAUGCACUACCACAAGUCCUCUACUGCUAGCGAUGAUGAAAAGAUUCUUGCUUCUUUCACUUCUGAUUCUUAUAUUGUGUUUGGUUUACAGCAGAGAUGACAAUGCACGGUGAAGAUCAUGUUCCCUCUCCCACUGCUCAGUUGGUUGGGAAUGCUUUUGUUGAGCAGUACUACAACAUGCUGUCGAAAUCACCAGAUGUGGUUCAUAAGUUUUAUCAGGACUCCAGUGUCAUGAGCAGGCCGGUUGCUGAUGGCCUGAUGUCGUCUGUCUCAACUAUGGCUGGGAUUAAUCAGAUGAUCCUUUCUCUGGAGUACAAAGACUGCGAAGUUCAGAUACUGACAGCUGAUUCUCAGAAAUCAUUUGGGGAUGGAGUCAUUGUUCUUGUGACUGGUUUCCUCACUGCAAAGGACGGGCUGAAGCGAAAAUUCACCCAAUUAUUCUUUUUGGCUCCACAAGAUACUGCUGGAUUCUUCGUCUUGAACGAUGUUCUGAGGUAUGUGGAUGAGGAAGAAUUCCCAGCAGUGAAGGGAUCUGAUGCUGCUGCCGAUACUGCCCCUGUCGCUGCUCCUGAACCCGAGGCAACUCCUUUCAGCAAUCAUGUGGUGGUAGAGCAAGAUGCUACUACUGUUGCUGCUGAAGAUACCAUCCAAGCCAAUAAUGAAGUUAGCCUUCAGCUGGACAAUGGUGACGUUGCUAUUGCUGAGAAAGAUUACGUACCAAAUCAUAUAGCUGAGGCGGCAGAAGUUGAUGCUGCUAUUCCAAAGGCAGAAGUUGCACCCGAGGAAGAAAAUCAUCACCAGCGGUCUGACACAGUUGCUACCCCUAUUGCUCUGGAGGAUGCGCCCAAGAAGUCUUAUGCUACAAUUGCUAGCCAAUUGAAGAACAAGCCCCAUCCAUUCCAGCAGAGGAUUGCACCACCAAAACCUGUGGUCCAUGCUCCUGUUGCUGCUGCAGCUACAGCACCAGCAGCUCCACCAACAGAAGCUUCUGCUCCUCGCCCUGCAAGAAACAACUCCGUUGAAAGGAGCAACAAUUUCACAGGAAAGGGUUACUCUAUCUUUGUUGCCAAUCUGCCCAUGGAUGCAACUCCUGAUCAACUCUACGAGAUUUUCCAGAAAUUCGGGCCCAUCAAGCAAGGUGGUGUCCAAGUCAGAAGCUACAAGCAAGAGAGGAACUGUUUUGGGUUUGUGGAUUUUGAAUCAGCUAGCUCCAUGGAGAAAGCCCUUGAGGCUGCACACAUCAUGAUUGGCAACCGGGAAGCGCAUAUCGAGAAGAAGAAAGCUGCUGGGGAAGGCGGGAAGUUCACUCCGAGAAGGGGUGGUUUCAGGAACGAUGGCUUCAGGGGCCGCGGAGGGAGCUUUGUUGGAGGGCGUGGUGGAGGCUAUGGGAAGGGUGAGUUUGAGAACCAGCAGGGCGGUGGCAAUUUCCCAGGUCAGGCGAGAGGUGGUGGUGGACGCAACGGCGAGGUGAAAGUUUAUCAGAACGGAGGUGGGAGAGGAUCCCGUCAAGCUAGGCCAGCGCCACCAGCAGCGGUCGCUGCCCCCGCCGCCGUCGAAGGUGGAAAGAAUUAGACCUUUCAGGUGGUUGGUUUUCGUUCCUUGCUCAAAUUUUGUUUACUCUUUUUUUUUUCCGUUAAUUUGUGUUAUUUUUUUUUUGGCCUCUCCUUACAUUAUUAUAGGGAAAACCAUUAUUAGAAGACUUGACUUGCGGCAUUUUGUAGGGUAGUUUGGUUUACUUUGUUAAAAUAGAGGUCUUUGUUACUUUGUGUCUGGAAUUAGCGUUUGGCUGUUUGGUAGGGGUUGGGUUCUCUUUUCUUAAAUUUUUUUUUUUGUGGCUGAAGUUAUAAGGUCAUUCAUCUCAACUUUGAAUGUGGAAUCGUUUCAUUGCAAAGCCAAGGUGAGGAAACUCCUUUUAAGGGUAGUUAUCAUAAACAGUCACAAAUCUAUUUAUUUUGUACAAAACGGUAAUAAUCCUUUAAUUUUGUGCCUUUCGGUAAUAAAGGUUUGAGCGAAUAUCAAAAUAGUAAAUUCGUCCAAUUCUCUCCAAAACUUCGUCCGAGAUUGCUCUGUCAGCAUGACAUGUCAGUGUAAAUAAUAAUAAAAAAUGGCUAAUCAACCCACUUAACCUGACAAUCCAACCGGCCAAAUUAAACCUUUUACCCGUCCAGUCUCGAAUUGGACUAUUACCCCAAAUCGGGCUGCGUGGGAGAAAGCUAGAAAGCACGUCGCGAGGAGAGGGGGAGAAUGGCGAUUCUCCUGCUGUCAACAACCAGACUUCCUCCAAUCGAUUCGUCAGCCAUCCUCUUCCUGGCCGACACUCCUCCAAUUGAUUCAUCUGUCAUCCUCGCUGGCGCUCCUCUAACCAAUAUUUUCGCCGGCUGAGCUGGGGGAGGUGGGGGCGACGCAUCUUCUAUUCCCCUGGGCUCUGCAUAGAAUCCAGCAACUUUACCUGAUUCCACGCCACUUCUAUUCCUUGAUACUCAUCAGUCAUCAAACGCCUUGUAACUGGAAAAUGAGUAAUAGCAACGAGAAUUAAGAACUAUGAGACAUUGAAACGGGUAGAAAGUAAGCAGAGCUUAGUUGUCUUCAAACGAUUCAUUUACACUGUCUUGGAUGCUUCUUUCCCCAUAAUUUCAUUAUACUGCAACACACAGAGAAGAAGGAAAAAGCCAUAAAUUGCUGAGAAAAAAGAAUGUAUGAGAGAAAUCGGUGAAUUGGGUUUAGGGCUGCAAAUGAGCCAAGCUACUCGCGAGCAACUCGAUGCUUGAAUCGGGAAAAACUCGUUCGAAACCCAAUUCGUUUACUAACGAGCCAAGCUUGAGCCUAGCUAUGUUCAGCUCGUGAAGCUCGCGAGCUAGCUCGACUCGGUAGCUUGUUGAGCUCAACUCGUGAGUUGGCUCAUUUAGAGCUCAUAAGAUGUCUCAACAUUGUGGUUUGAGGGCCAACUUGAUCACUGACUUAUGGACUAAUCGAUCUAAUUUGGACUUUCAUAAUUCAUAGGAUUGUUAAAUUAUAUAUCUCACAUCAUGUGAAGUUUAACAUGUUGAACAUGUAAGAAAAUAUGCCUUAUUUUUAAUUCUAUAAAGAAAUUAUGUACAAAAUUGUUUCGAUAUUAUGAAAUAACAUUAUUUGAACUAGUUAAAAUUUAUUAACUAAACAAUAUGACACCUAAAAAUUAUAAUAUAAGAUUAAUUAAUGU